AUUAAUUUGAGAGUUUAUGUAAUCGCCGCUGCAGUUUGCCACUAAAUCACACAAUUGUCACUAAAUCUGUAUGUGGUUUGCUGUUUUCCAGGGAUGAAAUGAAGCCAGAAUCACAAUCCACAUCAUGCCACAAAUAUGUCCUAGUUUUUCUGCUAAUUACAUUAUUUAGCUUCAUUUUGUUUACCUACAUCAACAUCAAUAGAAGUAGCCCAGAUAUUGAGCCAACUCUGAUUUUUACUAUGAAGGAAGGUAUCAUGACUAUCUUGCUUUGGACAUGGCCCUUUGGCGAUCGCUUUACUCUAAACCACUGUGAAAACUCUGGUGAAGAUCAGGGAUGCUUCUUCACAGCAGAUCGCAACUAUUACCUCACAGCUAAUGCUGUCAUUUUCCAUCAUAGAGAUGUCUGUCAAUCCAAAUCACAAAUGCCCCAGAUAACUAGACCCCCAGGCCAAUAUUGGGUAUGGUUCAAUUUGGAAUCACCCAGUCACUCUCCAAAUUUAGGCUUCAUGGACAAUCUCAUCAACCUCACCAUGUCUUAUCGAAGUGACUCUGAUAUCUUCACUCCUUAUGGCUGGCUGGUGAAGAACAACAUCAAUCAGAACUUUACAAUCCCUAAAAAGACACUUUUGGCAGCCUGGGUAGUGAGCAACUGGAAUCCAAGCUCCAAAAGGGUUCAAUAUUAUCAGGAGCUAAACAAACACAUGCAGAUUGAUGUCUAUGGUAGGCAGCACAAGACUUUACCACAUGCAGGUAUGCAAGAUACCAUCUCCAAAUACAAGUUCUAUUUUUCUUUUGAGAAUUCACAGCAUAGAGACUAUAUCACUGAAAAGCUCUGGAGGAAUGCCCUGGCAUUUGGGGCUGUGCCUGUCAUUCUUGGGUCAACCAGAGAAAACUAUGAAAGGUUCAUUCCUCGAGAUUCAUUUAUCCAUGUAGACGAUUUCCCUAGCCCUAAAGGACUUGCUGACUACUUGCAUGAGCUGGACAAAGACAAAGAGAGAUACGAACGAUAUUUCAAAUGGAGGGCAAAACUGAGGUCAAAAUCUGACAACAGCUGGGCUACACAUUACUGCAAAGCAUGUAAAGGAUUAAAGGAGGCCCCUGCCUAUAGGACAAUGCCUAGUCUUGUAACGUGGUACACAUAAAUAUAAUGACACUAUUUUAAAUUCUGAGGAAAAUAUCUAUACAGAGACAUUUAAUGGGAAUACAUGAGAAGCACUUCAAUAAUAUGCACUGGUAAUCUUACACAUGUAUCCGCAGAUGUUGAAUGCUAUUGAUAUUAACUAGUAUCAUGGCUUGUAGAGUUAUGUGUUCUGACAUUUCUUUAAAAUGGUAUGGAGAUUAUAAAUACUAGGAUUUCGUUAGAAUGAACAAACAACGUUUUUAUUAUCAUUAUUUAAUAUUUGUAAAUGGUCAAUACUUUCUGCAGAUUUGUUCACUAGGGAAAAAGAGAAAAUGAAGGCACACAAUUAUGUCCUUGCUUGUGAGCUUGCAAUCUAAUGAUUAUAAAAGGGAGUUGAGCUUGCGUAAAAAGAGUUAAAGUUAUGGGAUUAUUGGGCUUAGCGUUAGAGUGGGGUUACAUUUAGCAUUUAUGUACAUAGGGUAUUUAGGAUCAUUGCAUCUAGGAUUAUGGUUGAGUUAAAUUUAGUGUUAGGAUUAAAGGUUUACUCAAGCAUCAAACAACUUUCAUUUAAUGAAGCCGUUUUGGUGCAUAGAUUAUGUCCCUGCAGUCUUACUGCACGUUUCUCUAUCAUUUAGGAGUUAAAUUACUUUUUGUUUCUGUUUAUUUAGCCCUAGUCACACCUCCCCUGGCUGCAACUCACACAACCAACAUAAAAAAUGGUUUCCUUUUCAAUCAGAUGUGACAGCAUUAUGUGUUUAUUUUAGAAGUUUUUGUCUCCUGCUCUGUUAAUUUCACUUUUACCACAGUAACGGAAUCAUUCCAACAUGGCUGUUUUUCCCUUAAGGACCCAUGGUGGAAUAUUUCCGUCAUGCAAUAUUUUACCAGCAGGAACUGUCUCCCUGCUGGUAAAAGGGGAACACUAGGUAUUAUUAACAGCAAAAAUACAAUGCGUAUGUAAAAAUGAAAAAAAAAAAAAAUUAGCUUUACAAACUUUAAAAAUAAACAGCACCACUACAAAGCUCAAAAUAUAAAGGGGGUUAUUCUGUACUCAGCAGACCUUGGGAAAGCACAAUUUAGUGGUAGUGCAUGUCAGGUAUACAAAAUAAACUGCUAAAUUGUAAUGUGCUUGUAAAAAUACUGUGAAAAUAAACUGCAUUAAACCUUGAAAUAGAUGCUAAAAUAUCUCUACAAUAAGGCUCAAAAUACAUUGCCUAGCCAAAAAAAAAGUCGCCACCUGGAUUUAACUAAGCAAAUAGGUAAGAGACUCCUAUAGGAUAGUUACUGCAUGGGCGAUUAUCUUUCAGCUGGAAACAAAUUAUUUAACCAAAACUGAUGAAAUGGGUAGCUCCUCAUUUCUUAAACAACCAUGUCGAAAGACACAUCCCGUGGCCAUGGAAAAGAUGUUAGUUUGUUUGCGAAGGGUCAAAUCAUUGGCAUGCAUCAAGCAGAGAAAAACAUCUAAGGAGAUUGCAGAAACUACGAAAAUUGGGUUAAGAACUGUCCAAUGCAUUAUUAAAAACUGGAAGGAUAGUGGGGAACCAUCGUCUUCGAGGAAGAAAUGUGGUCGGAAAAAAAUCCUGAUUGAUCGGGAUAAGCGAUCGAUUAAACGUUUGGUGAAAUCAAAUCGUAGAAAAACAACAGUAGAACUCAGGGCUAUGUUUAAUAGUGAAAGUAAGAACAUUUCCACACGCACAAUGUGAAGGGAACUCAAGGGACUGGGACUGAACAGCUGUGUAGCCUUAAGAAAACCACUUAUCAGUGAGGCUAAUAGGAAAAAAAUGCUUCAAUUUGCUUGGGAACAUACAGAUUGGACUCUGGAGCAAUGAAAGGUCAUGUGGUCUGAUGAGUCCCGAUUUACCCUGUGAUAUGUGCAUCAGGGUAAGAAGAGAGGCAGAUGAAGUGAUGCACACAUCAUGCCUAGUGCCUACUGUACAAGCCUGCAGGGGCAGUGCUAUGAUCUGGGGUUUCUGCAGUUGGUCAGGUCUAGGUUCAGCAACAUUAUGUGCCCAAUGAAUGAGGUCAGCUGACUACCUAAAUAUACUGCAUGACCAGGUUAUUCCAUCAAUGAUUCAUUGGGCUCACAUUGUGAAAGAGUGGUUCAGGGAGCAUGAGACAUCAUUUUCACACAUGGAUUGGCCACCACUGAGUCCAGACCUUAACCCCAUUGAGAAUCUGUGGGAUGUGCUGGAGAAGGCUUUGCGCAGUGGUCGGACUCUCCCAUCAUCAAUACAAGAUACUGGUGAAAAGUUAAUGCAACACUGGACAGAAAUAAAUCGUGUGACAUUGCAUAAGCUUAUCAAAACAAUGCCACAGCGAAUGCAUGCCGUAAUCAAAGCUAAAGGAGGUCCAACAAAAUAUUAGAGUGUGUGACCUUUUUUUUUGGUGGCGACUUCUUUUUGGGCCAGGUAGAGUAUAAUAAAUUAAACAACCCGUGGUGUCGACUUUUACAAAUGGUAUGCAUUUACGGAGAAAACUGAACAGUCAAACUGUUACAAGCCCCAAAAUAAGAUAUAGGCCCACCAAACCCUCUCUAAAAAUCAUAAAAACUGAAAUAGUUAGGUAUUUUUGGCACCUUAACUUUACAAGAUUGGGGCAUACAUUUGGGGUAUUGUUUUAUUUAGAAGAGUUUGAUGUGCAUAAUUUUAUAGUUUUGAUUAUAAGAGCACAUAUCAGAUUUGCAAAAUGCCGAGCAAAAUUGCAAUUUGUAAGUUCAAAUUAUAUUUUACUCCUUGCAUUUUGUGACCUGUAAUUACCAAAAAUAAACUGGAAUCCUAGACAUAUGACUUUCUGUAAAUCACAACAAAUAAAUUAAUUUAUUUUGAAUA